AUGCCCACAACUGCAACAAACACCAUCAUCUAACAUGGCGACUACGGGGUCUCGUGGACCCGUAACUAUCGGAUAUUAUGAAAUUGAACGAACGAUAGGAAGGGGAAACUUUGCAGUUGUAAAAUUAGCUACCCAUGUUAUCACAAAGGCUAAGGUUGCUAUCAAGAUUAUUGAUAAAACACAGCUAGAUGAUGAAAAUAAACGUAAAAUAGAAAGAGAGGUUCAAGUGAUGAAACUAUUACAUCAUCCUCACAUAAUUCGACUCUACCAAGUGAUGCAGACUGAGAGGAUGAUGUAUUUGGUAACAGAAUAUGCAAGUGGAGGAGAGAUAUUUGGUAAUGUUCAAUGCAAUAUGAAUUUGAAGGUGGGAAAAACCUUGAUAGUUGCAGCAAUUGACUACUGCCAUUCUAGACACAUUGUGCACCGUGAUCUGAAAGCAGAAAAUCUUCUCUUAGAUGCAAAUAAACAAGUGAAAAUUGCAGAUUUUGGAUUUAGUAACUUCUUCCAAUCCGGACAGUUACUUAAGACAUGGUGCGGUAGUCCUCCUUACGCAGCCCCUGAACUAUUUGAAGGCAAGGAAUAUUCAGGGCCAAAAGCUGAUGUAUGGAGCUUAGGAGUGGUUCUCUACGUACUUGUUUCUGGAAAUCUACCUUUUGGUGGUGACACGUUGCAGAGUUUAAGAACCAAUGUAUUAUCCGGACACUUCAGGAUUCCAUUCUUCAUGAGUUCAGAUUGCGAGAAUUUAAUACGACACAUGCUUGUAUUGGAUCCACAAAAACGUUACAGCACGUCACAAAUUCUUCAGCAUCGAUGGACUCGGUCAGGAGAGCCUGAUCCUGUAUUUGAUCAAAUGAUUGCUGAAUAUAGCAAAGAUAAAGUAGCUGAAGUUAAGGAAGAACUCAACGAACAAGUUCUGCAUCAUAUGAUAUAUGACCUCGGGGUCAAUAGGGAGAGAAUACUACAGUCUCUGAAAAACCAAAUGUAUGAUCAGGCAAGUGCAAUAUAUCAUCUUCUACUGGACAAGCUGAGGCGCCACCAACAGAAGCCACAUGAGUCACAUGGGCGAACAUUGCAUAAACAAGUUGUUGCAUCCUCUAGAGAAGAUACAAAACGUGGGGGUCGUAGGUCAGGUGUGACUCAGGAUUUGAUUCCAGAGGUUAGGUUUACAGAUCCACAAAACCAUGUGAUACAGCAGUCACAAGAAGGAAGAGAUAGCGACAGUGACACAGAUGACCCAUCACCAGAAGCAUUAGCACGCUAUCUGCAGAUGAGACGACAUACACUUGAUGUUGGCAACCCAAGUUUAGAAGUGCGAGAUGACCGGCGUCUUACGAUACUGCACCAACAGGCACUUGAAGCUGGAUUCCAACAUAAUACAUUGACUCCUGUUGUCGUUGAUACAAACCUGCCGCAGAACCUGUCACUGUUGAUGUCACAGAAUGACUCCCACCGACGCAUUACUUACAGGGAGCAAAGUUUACUUGGACCGCCAGCAAUGGAGGCUACCGGAGGACAGGGUAAUUUUGUUCGCAGAGCAUCGGAAGGCAGUGCAAAUAUGCAGAUACAACUGAACCAAUUUCACCAUCUGUUACCACGAGCAAGUCAACCUAAUAAUAUAAACAACUCCACGCAGCAAUUUGGCAGUGAUGGUGUAUCACACCUGUUAACAUCAACUACCCAUGAAGAAGGAGAAUCAGAUGAAGAACCAGAUCAAUUAGAAGUCCAAAGAUACCUACAGCAACGUGGUCACUCUUCACGGCAUACAGUUGGUCCAACAGAAAUUUCUGAUGAUGUACGAUUUAAUCCUUUUCACGAUCGUUAUCACCGCUUAGGAAUGGCUGGAAGUUCAUUCAGGGAUCCUAAUGCUUUGUAUCCUCCAGAGAAAAAAACAGGCAGACGGUUCUCAGAUGGAUCUCAAAGCAUAAAUACCUUUUUGAUGAGUAGAGAUCCAAAUAGCCCCAAUAUUUGUCCAAUGAAGCAACUACAAGAUAUUAUGAAGUUGCAGCAGCGAACCAGCCCACCCAUCAAUGCAGAAUUGCAACAAAAACAGCACUUGCAGCACUUGCAGCAACACAAUGUAACCUCACAGUCCUCAGUGGAUUCCCUUUCACACCUUAACACUGAAGUAGACAUGCAGAAGAAAUUCAGCGGUCUACAAUUAACACCAGAGACUGACAGUAAGCUUCAAAGUCCAGCACAAGCAAUACCAAGUAAGACGCACAACUUUACAAUUGGUGCCUCUGAAGGACAGUGGGGUUCCCCAAAAGGAGGCCCACUAUCGAGUCAACUGUCCCAGAACACAAAGCGGCCGAGUCCACAAACAAUAAUAGAACUUGAUGAUGAGCAUGAUGUUAAUAGUAGCUCAAUGGACACAAGCUUAGAAAGCCAACAAACAAUGUUUGGUCAGGCACUUAGCAGCGAUACGCAUUCUAGAUUAACAGAUGAUGCGACAGCACAAGAUUCACAAGUGUAUACAUAUGGUGGUAACUCUUCUUGCAUGGCAUUCUACCAGCAACAACAACCGGUUUAUAAUUUUCAACCAUUGCAACAUCCGAUAGUAACUGAACCACAGCCCAUGAAUUCAUCACAGACAGGGAUACCGACACAUCCACUACAGUUAACGCAACAAGUAGGGAAUAAUCCAAAUGUAGCCUACAGAUUCCCCUUACAGCAAGCAUCAGACGUGUACGGGCGUCCUAUGAUUAAUGGGCCUAUACCUGAGCAUCAUGAAUUCCAAUUUUAUAGUGAAAACUCUGAAAAUACUGGCCUAGAGGACAGUAUUGCACAGAACCAGCAUAACCCAAUGGGAUGUGAUGCAUAUGGGCAAGUGAGUAUGGAUAAUGAAGAAGUUAUCGAUGGCAUGGAAGAAAUAGACAUACAAAGCACAGGGAUGUAUGGGGCUGUUUGUUCUGGUUCAUCUAGUUCUUCACUUUCACUACCUUUUUAUGUUCAUCAUACCAUCCAGAUGCCAAAUGACGUGCAGGCUCAGCUUUUACAACGGACAAUACCUAUGCCGUCUGGUGAAUUAAGGCAUUACAUAACCAACGAUCAUGUGAUGCAAUCCAAUGACCGUUUUUCUUUUGGAAGUAUGAGUUUCAGCAAUCCAGAUAUGUUGAGUGAUCCCACCCCAGUUGCUAAAUCUUUUUCAAUGACAACCUCCAAAAACCUUAAUGAGAUUAUUGUUGAGAUAAAGCGUGCUCUGGAUACGAAACAUCCAAGUCUUAUUUAUGAGAACAAAGCAAACUUAUUUGCCCUUCAAGACAAUGGUGUCAAAAUAGAGAUGGAAGUCUGUGAAGUACCUGGUCUGCACCUGAAUGGACUCAAGCUACGCAAGAUUGCAGGAGACACAAGGCAAUAUAAACAACUCUGUCAGAAUAUUCUUACUGCUGUGAAAUUAUAGAUAUCUAUGGUAUACGCAAAUGUGUAAUUAGUAGAGUAGUAAUUAUGACAGUGGGUCUGAUUAAAAGGUGCUAUUGACAGUGGAUGGUAAAAUAAGAGGUGGAUUGUGUUAAGUCAGAGCUGGAUUUUCUUAAGCCUGAGCGUGGGAUUGUGUUUGAGCAGAGUGGUGUUAAGUCUAAGUGGAAUGAUGCUAAGUCUGUGUGUGAAGUGUUAAGUCUGAGAGAAAUAUUGUCUGAGUAAGGUAGAGAUAAGUCUGUGUGAAAAAUGUUAAAUGAUGUUCUGAAUGAGGUUGGUGUUAAGAUUAAGUGGGUAUGUGUUAGGUAUGUGAGUGGCUGUAAAUGUAAAAAUUAGUGUGAGAGGCAGGCUUUAUGAACAGACCAUCAAUAGACCCCUAAAUUUGAUAGUUGGUCAAGCGUGGCUACUUUUUAAUUGGAAAAAGUUAUUCAAUGCAAAUUAAAAUUAAUCGCAUUAAUAUUAUAACCUUUGCUGCCUUAAUUCUGCUUUUAAAGAUAAUUGAUCCUAACUUAAAUAAGUCCAUGUUGCAUAAUGUGAAACAGGUAAUUUUUGUGUACCUAACCCAGUCUAGUCACUUCACAGAUGUACCCAACCAAUCCAAUCACAUGUAGAUUUACCCAACCAAUCAAAUCACUUAACAGAUGUACCCAACCAAAACAAUCACAUAUAGAUUUUUCCAACCAAUCAAAUCACUUAACAGAUGUACCCAACCUAUUAAAUCACUUAAUAGAUGCACCCAACCAAAUUACCUACAGAUACAGUUCACCCAAAUCAUUCAUUUUGCAAAUAAAUUCCAGUAUCUGUAUAAUAAUUAAGAUACGUUAUUAUUAUUUUUACCCUAUUUUGGGAAUAGUAUGUAUAUUCUGGGUUAAGAACAGUUAUUGAUGUAGGCCUACUUUAAUGCUGAUGGUAGUUCUUUUAACCAUCUCUAUAAUAUAAUUCCUCUGUCAGUAUUGUCUUUUCUGCUUGGUUUUAUUUUAGGGCUCCCUCUUCUAAUUCCAUGCAUGACCCCUCUGUGAUACGACAAUUGUAAUCAUUAAACGCUAUGGAAAUUCUUCCGACAUGCCAUAGUGCAUUAUUUAGAUACCGAGACUGAAGUUUAAGUUUAGGGUCAAGCCAGCUCCACAAAUCAACACCUCAGAUUUACAUAAAAUCGUAUUAUUAACAGCCAUCAUUAAAGGCUGAUAUGUCAUUGUAACUCUGAGGAAAAUUCAAAUGCAUAUUUACUUGAAGAAAAUUCAAAUGCAUAUUUACUUGUAUAUAAACCCCUGCCACCUCUAUCAUUACCAUUUUUUGCUCAAUAGAACAGGGUAUUCAAAAUUGUGUCCAUUACAGUAUAAAUAUUUAACUUUUUGCCAUUCUGAUGAAUUAUCUGAGCUCCUAUUUCAGCCAUAUUUUACUGGGAUACUUGUAUUGUGUAAGCCAACCAGGGCCAAUGUUUUUUCUAUGUUCGCAUCUGCUUUAUUGAUAUUGUCUUUAACCCUCUAAUAAUAUAAUUAGUAUUGGGAAAAUAACUGGUUGGGUUUCAGUGGCCAUAUUAAUAUUUACAACCAAGAGCAGUUUCUAUAUGUACUUUACAGCGUUAGGAUGCUUUGUGUUAGUGUGACUCUCAGCAUAUAAAACAUGGAUUACUUGGAAAAUGUAAUUGGACUGUUAUAUAUUUAUACAUUAUUAUGAUAUUUAAAAAGUAUAUUUGUUUAGUGUGCUUUUUUUAAAAUAACAAUUUUAUUUAAAAUGUGAAUACUCCUUCAUGUAAUUAACUGGUUGAACCCUACAAAGACCAAGAGCCAGUCCCUUCCUCUUCCUCCUCUGUGUUGGUAAAAGUAAUGGCCCUAAUUUGACGUUUGUAAGUGGAGGACUUGAUUUUAGUUGCAAGUCAAAACUCAAAGCUCUGGGCUUACAGGCCAGAGUUCCCAUCUCCCUUUCUUAUGGUGUUUGUGCCAGACUGUUCAAUGCUGUGUGGGGUCCAAGCACCCUCGCACUUUUUACCUUUCCAGCAAGUGCCGUUACCAUUUGUAUUCCUAGGUAGAGAGACAAUUGUAGAUAAAGUUUCUUGCCUACGGACACCAGUGAAGUGCUGGCCGUGAUUUGGCCAGUUACAAGCGGUGGCCAUGAUUUGGCCAGUUACAAUUGCUUGCCGUGAUUUGGCCAGUUACUUGUGGUGGCUGUGAUUUGGUCAGUUACAGUAGAUUUGGUAGCCGCAUGGUGGCCCUGAUUUGGCCAGUUAAAUACAAGUGGUGGAGCUGAUUUGGUCAGUUACAAGUGGUGGCUGUGAAUUCGCCAGUUAAUAAGUGGUGGUCCCAAUUUUAAUAAUGAUUCUUGUCAGAUAGAAUGGAUGAUUAUUUUCCAUGUUGACUAAAUUUGUUUUAAGACAUUUUUGUUACUUUGAUGAAAUUGUAUGGUUAGAAAUGUGUUUGUAUGGCAAUCAUUAUGACAAAUUAGUUAUCAGUAAUUGUAAUAUAUUUGUUUAUUGGUGCUAUUGUAGUUGUAUCAUGGUGCAUCUAUUUCAUCAUCCAAACUUUGAUAACUAAUUACAAUUAG